AUGUCAACUAUUGGACAUGAAGCAAAUACUACAACAGGUUCAGCUGUAGCUCAUACAGCUAUUGCUGAAAAUGUUGCUGUUAAAUCCAUUGUUAGUACUGAAACACAAUCAAAAGUUAGUAUGGAAAAUGUAGAAAAAAUGGCUACAUUAAUGAAUAAACUUGGUACAACACAUCAACUAAUUGAUGAAUAUUCUCGUCGUCGUACUGAACAAAUAUCUGAAGAAGUAACAUCAGCUAUUACAAAAGUUGUUGUUGAUACUCAAUCUCAACAAGGAAAACUUUUAAAUGAUGCUAAUGUACGUUCAGCUGCUAUUGAAGAAGAAUAUAAAUUUAAAUUACAAAAUUUUAUUGAAGAACUUGAUACAACUAAAGCACAAGAUUUAGCUUUACUUGAAAAAGAUUUAAAUCAACGUCAAGAUAUGAUUCUUGAACAAGCUCGAAAACGUAUUGAUGAUUUAAAUGAAGAAGCUAAUCGUUUAAAAAUGACUGUUCUACGUGAAGCUCAAGUACAGGCAAAUGCAAAAGUUGAUGCAAUUACACAACAAGUUGCUGCUUUGGGAGCUGCAGAUGCUAAUCGUCUUUUAACAUCAACAUCAACGACAGUUAUUCGAACUGAAGCUAAAGCUGCUAGUGAAACUCAUAUUCCUAAUACAAAAGUUGUUCUUGGUAUUACAGCAACAGAAUAA